AUGGGAGUGAAAACCCAUGGUCGGCAGUUACACCAUCUUCGCUUUGCUGAUGACAUCGUCCUUGUAAUACCAAACAUUAACCAAGCGGAACGUAUGCUUGCCUACUUUGAUAAAGCCUGUGGAAAGAUUAGUCUUCGACUAAAUCUCACAAAAACGAUGUUCAUAAGGAACGGAUUGGUUUCGUAUGCCCUAUUCAUGCUCAACGGAACGAAUAUCUCCGAAUGCUCCAGUUAUGUCUUUCUAGGGCGGGAAAUCUACAUAAUGAAAGACAGCUUCAGAGUUAAGCAGAAGAAAACGAGCGGCUUGUGGAGCUUUCAAGAGCAACGAGGAUGUAGUGAGGAGAACAAGGAACAUCCGACUCCGUGCCCAUCUUUCCGCCCCAACGGUACUCCAUGCCCUAAUGUACGCGUCAGAAAUCUGGUCGCAGCGUAA